GCCAUCUUCUCUGCUGCUGUCUCUCUUGUCCUCAUGGUGGACACUGUGCCUGCCCUGUCUCCACAGCUGCUGUCUCUGUAGUCAUCGUGGUCUCUGGAGAGGCUGUGACAACUUGAGUCAGGCUGCACUUCUUGUCUGCUGCCCUAGAAACCAUGAUCCUGGACCUGAGGCAACCCAAGGCUGGCACUGAGGCGAGCAGAGCUUAGAGCUGUGAGAACCUCUUGGAGAGGGGAUGAAGUGUGAGAAGAGGAUUUGGGGUCUGCUGGGUCCCCUUGGCCCUGAGCUUCUCCUGAUGAAGUCACAGCCUUUCAAAGCUGGGGGCAAAGAAAAGCAGUUCUGCUGGACAUGGAAAAUCACCGCAAGCCCUCUCUGCUCUUCCAUGUCCCCUGUCUGUUUGUCCUUACACAGCUGCUUAGCUGGGUGACCACACAGGAGUUCCGGGUCUUUGGUCCCUCAGACCCCAUUGUGGCUGCACCAGGUGGGGAAGCCAUCCUUCCCUGCUCCGUGUUUCCAGCCAUGAAUGUGGAGAACAUGGAAGAGUUGAGGUGGUUCCGCAGCAGAUUCUCAGAAGCAGUACUUUUCUAUCGGGACCAAGAGGAGCAGAAGGAAGGGCAGAUGCCUGGGUAUUCACAGCGCACCUUGCUGGUGAAGGACCAGUUCCAUCAAGGCACAGCUGCUGUGAGGAUCCUAAAUGUCCAGGCAUCAGAUAGUGGGAUAUACAUCUGCCACUUCCAGCAAGGAGUGUUCUAUGAUGAGGCCAUCUUGGAACUGAAGGUGGCAGCAAUGGGCUCUGUCCCUGAAGUGCACAUCAAAGGUCCAGAAGAUGGUGGAGUGUGUGUUGUGUGCAUGACCUCAGGGUGGUACCCGGAGCCUCAGGUGCAUUGGAAAGACUCCAGAGGAGAGAAUCUCACAGCAUUCUCCUCAGAGACCCACACUAAAGAUGCUGAAGGACUGUUCAGCACAGAGACCUUGCUGGUUGUGAGAGACAGCUCUGUGAGGAAUGUGACCUGCUCCAUCUUCAAUCCUAUCUUGGGCCAGGAGAAAGCCACAGCCAUGUUCAUCCCAGAGCCCUUCUUCCCUCAGGCCUCUCCCUGGAAGCCAGCUUUUCUUGUGACCCUGACCAUGAUGGGACUACUAGUCUUAGGGACAAGCUAUCUUCUCAGAAGGGAGCAUUCUGCAAGGCUGAAGGUGCAGCAGGAAACGGUGAAUUUUCAGCGUGAGAAGGAUGAGUCACUGAAGACAAGGGAUGAUGCUCUGAGGACUGCUGGCGCACUCAUGGUGGAGCGUGAUCGAAGGAAAGCAGCUUACAGGGCAGCUUGGAAGAAGGCCCAGCUCUAUGCAGAUUGGCGCAAGGAGCACUUCGAGGCCUGGACUUUCACUCUGGAUCCAGCCUCUGCCCACCCCAUCCUUGCCAUCUCCCCAGACAGGCUGAGUGUGAGCCGGAAGGAUUCCACUCUGUGCUUGGAUGACCUCUUCUGUGUGUUAGGCAUCAGAGGCAUCUCUUCUGGAAGACAUUACUGGGAGGUGAAGCUAAGGAAUGGUGACAGCAGCAAGUGGACUCUGGGGGUCUGUAGGGAAGGUGUGGACAGGAAAGGCUGUUUCUCAGAGUGUCCACAUAAGGGGUUUUGGACUGUGGGGCGGUCUAGUAGUGGAUAUUUGGCUUAUAUUGACACUGGGACAGCUUUAUUAUCUCUCAGGCAAGCUCCGCAGAGUGUGGGGGUGUUUGUGGACUACACUGAAGGUGACAUCUCCUUCUAUAACAUGAGUGACAUGUCCCCCAUGUUCUCCUUCCAUGAGGCUUCCUUCUCUGGGACUCUUUUUCCAUACUUCAGGCUUAAGUCUGGAAAUGUUUCAAUGAUUAUCCAAUCCAUGGCAUGCGCAUCUGAGGGGAGGGAGGGAGAAGACAGAAGGAGAGGAAGGAAAAGAAGUAGGAAGGGGAGGAAGGGGAAGAGGACAAAGAGGGGGAAGAAAUUAGUUUUGCUUCCUUUGGAGGAGUCUCUGAGUCCUGCAGGGGAGGGCCUGGUUCCAGGCUCUUGUGUUGUGGAUUCUUUUCCAGAGGAAGUCUCUCCAUUCCUUCAGCAUGCCAGGAACUCUCUGUUCCCAUAGUGUGAACCACUGCCUAAGUCGUCAGUGUGGCUCCUUGUGGGAAUGUAGAAGCCACAGACCAAAGCCCGCAUGGGUCCUGGAAGGGCCUGGAGCCUUGACCCACUGCUCUUCAGUCUGACUCAGGCUGAGGCUGUGGCUGUGGCUGAGGCUGUGGCUGUGGCUGUGGCUGUGGCUGUGGUGGCAGCGAGGUCAUGCUUUGGUGCAUGAUAAGUGCUGACUUUGUGUAAAACAGGCUACUUUGAGCUCUGGGAAGGCAUUUUCCUCCUGGUGGUAAAUAGCAUUUUAUUAGUUUUGUGUGUGUGUGUGUGUGUGUGUGUGUGUGUGUGUGUCAUUUGGCAUGAAACAGACCAAGGGCUGAGUGAACAUUAUUUAAUUUGUUCAUCUGGCCAUGGGCACCUAGGGUCUUGGCUCUUGUGGCCAGUAUUGUAGUGAGUAUGGGGGAAGAGAUGUCUGACACAUGACUUCCUGACUUCUACAUUUGUUCCUGGUGAUGAGAUUGCUGGAUCCUAGAUAGUUCCUCGAAGUGGACCUUCUCAGUGGACAAUGACCUGUCUGUCCAUCCAUCUCCAUGAACCUGCCUUAUCAUCAUAUCAGAUCUGUCUUUGAUUCUUACAUAAAUUCUUUGAUUUCUAUGUUUGAGUCUCUCUCUUACAGAAUUACACAUAUAGCUACAAACAUUAAUUCAUAUUUUAUAAA